AUGCGGUGGGUGCUCCCUGGAGCUGUGGGGAGAGGCGCUCGCUCGAGCCGCACACUUGCCUGUGACGUGCAAUCUACCGUGUCUCAGGUCGAAGUUCGGUGGAGAAAUAUCUGCACAGCAUUGUGCAAGGGUCGAUGUUGGAAGUUGUUGUGUGGUGCGGAGGGCGCCAACGGCGGCAUCGUGGCCACCUUUAGUGUUCGCGCUCAAGGACCUUCAAAUUCGACAGACCUGGACAUGCCUUGA